AAGUGGGCCCGCUUUCACAAACCGGAAAUUCGAGCCUGCUAUAAAACGCCUCGGCCGGAGCGUCGUAUACUUAUAAUUACCUCAUCACCUCUAGGGCUUCUCAAUCUCAAUUGCUUUUCAUUCUUCAGUUGCGGAGGUUUUAGCUUCUCUCUCCGUCUCUCUUCAAGAAUCAAGAUGCCGCCGCGAGCUGUAAGGAGACCCUCCACAGCACCGGCGCUGAAGAAAAAGGCACCUCCCAAAACAGCUCCCGUCGAUAUGAAAGAAGAAGAAGUAGAGGAAGAUCGCAAACACCUUGAGACAACCGAAAGGAAGAAAGUCGUGUCCCUUCCUUCCCUCAACGAAUUACCACGAGAUCUCUCACCACCUCCCAAAGAUGAAAAUGAGUACGCCGCCCCCCUCGAUCACGAGAUCGACAGAUCUGAGCGGUUAGAUCUUGACGAUAACGAUCCUCAGUCGGAACCGGAAGACUAUGCUGCCGCCGAACGUAAUGACGGGCGGGGUGAGCAGCACGAGUACAUGGAAGACGAGGAAGAAGAUGACGGUCAUGAUGCUGCUGCUGACUUGGAGGAUGAUGAGAUGGAAGGGGAGGAGGAGGGAGACGGCGAGGGCGAUGGGCAUAAUGGGGAGGAGGAGGAGCACCAUGAGAUCGUGCAGGAGCGCCGGAAGCGGAAGGAGUUUGAGAUUUUUGUUGGGGGAUUGGACCGGGACGCGACAGAGGAGGACCUGAGGAAGGUAUUUAGCGAGGUCGGGGAGGUCACGGAAGUGAGGUUGAUGAAGAACCCUUCGACGCAGAAGAACAAGGGGUUUGCGUUCUUGCGAUUUGCAAAGGUUGAGCAGGCUAGGCGCGCCCUCAACGAGCUUAAGCAUCCGACGGUUAAUGGUAAGCAAUGUGGAGUGGCUCCGAGUCAGGACAGUGACACGCUUUUCGUUGGCAACAUAUGCAAGACAUGGACGAAAGAGAUUCUGAAGGAAAAGCUUGUGAAGUAUGGUGUUGACAAAUAUGAAGAUUUAACUUUGGUUGAUGAUAUGAAAAAUGAGGGGAUGAAUCGUGGAUUUGCUUUCAUAGACUUCUCUUCCCGCUCAGAUGCAUUGGAUGCGUGCAAGCGGUUGCAAAGGAGGGAUGUUGUCUUUGGUACUGAUCGGUCCGCGAAGGUUGCUUUUGCGGACACUUUUAUUGAACCAGAUGAUGAAAUUAUGGCACAGGUCAAGACAGUAUUUGUUGAUGGUUUACCUGCUUCUUGGGAUGAGGACCGUGUUAAAGAUACUCUUAGAAAGUUUGGCAAAAUUGAAAAGGUUGAACUUGCACGCAAUAUGCCAGCUGCUAAGAGGACAGACUUUGGUUUCAUAACCUUUGAUACUCAUGAUGCGGCUGUGGCUUGUGUGGAAGGUAUUAACAACACUGAACUUGGCGAUGGUGAUAAGAAGGUAAAGGUCAGGGCAAGGUUGUCAAGGCCACGUCAGAGAGGCAGGCUGGGGAAAUAUGCUCGAGGAGGUUAUUCAAUUGGGCAUAGUGGUAGUCGAGGUGGUAGGUCUUCCUGGGGUCUCGGUAUGCCUCACAUGGAUACUUGGAGGCUUGCAGGACGCAGUGGACGAGACACUCAAGACCACAGCACAUAUACUACAGGCUUGAAGCGGCCGCUUGGUCUCAGGGACAGACAUGCAGUUGUGGAUGAAGUUCCUGAAAGGCUUGGGAGUAGACGGCGUUUGCCACCUGUGGAGAGAUCCUUGGGUCGGAGGUCUCCUGUUCCAGCUUACGGCAAGGUGAGCUCAAAGAGGGAUUAUGUUCGUCAUGAAGAACCUUUUCCUAGGUCUUCUGAUUUUGCAGCUAGAGCUGUUAGCGGAAGGCGCUCAUCUUAUCAAGAUGCUUAUCCUACUCGUGCAUCAGAGUACCUGGAAAGUCCACCUAGGAGCAGUUCUCGCAGUGCUGCUCGUAGACUGCCUCCUUAUGAGGAAGAAAGCUAUGGCAGGCGUAUGGAGAGACCCACAAGUUAUCGGGAUGGACACAGCCGUGAUUAUAGUUCUAUUUCUGGCACAAAGCGCCCUCGUUCUGCUGUGGAUGAUGAUCUUCCCACUCGGUAUGUCGUUUCUACGAGUAGACAGUCAAGAGCACGCUAUGAGUACAGUGGCAGUGGAGCUACCUUGCACUAUGGUGAAAGUGCUUAUUAUGGAAAUGAGCCAACGAGGCUUGGUCGGAGUUCUCAUAUAGGAUAUGAUGGGGGCAGUCGGAGUUCUGCAGGACAUUCUCAUGGGAUGUAUGAGACUAGCACAUCGAGCAUGGGGUACAGCCGCGGUGCUGCAAGCAGGGGCGACAGUGGGGGGAUGUACUCCAGCUAUGGGAGGGAUUAUGAGCAUGGUGGAGAUGAUUUGGGUGGUGGUGGUUCUUACUCAUCCCUCUACUCUAGUCGUGGCUUGAGUGAUGGCUAUUUAAGUGGAAGGGGAUCAGGCUCAUACUAUUAAGGCGGAGUUUUGCCUGUGGUUUCUUCAAAGCUAUUACCUUCGAAGCGAGCUUCAGAUAGGACGAGUUGAGACCCCUGAAAUGAGUUUGUGAUUUAGAAUUCUUCUGGAGGAUGUUUUAUUUACGGCAGUGCCUGGCUGAAGUGCCUGCUUCUAUUUAUCACAACACUUUCUUUGUGAAUGGAUGGGACUGCAUAUGACACAGUUGUAGGUGUAGAUAACUUGAAGACUACUUGAAAAGAUUAUUGGCUCGAUAUUCAUCUUCUGUAGUAUUGAAUCCGAGUUCUUCUGGAAUUUUGGAGUCAUACUAUAUUGUACUCUGAGGAUAAAUGAUGAGGGGGAUAGCUUUCUAGGAGCAGAGAAAGAUGGUCUGACCAUUUGAUUCACAUGGUGUCUGAACAGGGGAAGCUUAUCUCAUUAUACAUGAAAUAUUGAUGUGAUUCAUAGAUCUGUUUGAACAAAGUUUGAUGGAUGCAAGUACUUUGUGGCUGCAAUCAAGUUGAACUGUUCCAUGGAUCGUCACGGUUUGGCCUUUUGAUCUGCUCUUUACAGCAGGGGUGCUAUUUGGUGUUUCAAGUUAGUAUAAACAUUGAAGUGGGAAUAUAACAUACUUCUAAACAUAUGGAAAACUAUCUAGUAUGAUUCUAUCUGAAAUGGAAAUGAUUCCGGCUCA